GAGGAGACGGGAGUUCUCUCGCCCAACGAGGACGAGAAAGAAGAGGAAUUCGGUAGCUGCUCCGAGCACAUGGAGCACACCGAUAAGACCGCCAUAAUGUCAGAGGAGGAUGCCUUCUCUGACAAUGAAAGGGACUGCAAGAAAAGACCGGCACCGAAGAGUGUCAAGCAGAUGAGGGAAAUGGAGAGACUUAGCCGCGAGAGGCUAAGGAGAAAGGAAAAAGAAGGCAGGAAAAUCCGGCCACAGUCGGACGGCAGGUCCAGAUUGAGGUCAAGGGAAAAACACGGCCAGCUUGCCCACGAGGAAGAUGACGAUGACGAGGAAUUGUCGUCGCCAUCCCGGAAGAACGGCCGGAAGAAGGAGAAGAAGAGGGAAGAGGACGACAGAGGGUCGGGGUCCGAUGAGGACGAAGUAACCUUUAUCGCCUCUUCUACCGAAUUGGCGUCACAGGCCGAAAGACAGAAAUUCCCAGAGGGAAGAACUAGAGCUAUUCUGGGCGAUACCCAGGAAAAGCUCGCCGAGGCGCUGGGAGAAAACUGCCCACAAGUAGGGAUGGACAGAGAGGAGAAAGGACGGGGCAGAAAGGCGGAGACAGGCGAGUAUUAUAUUAAACGCCUGAACGAUGCCAAGGAUGCACUGCUAGCUGAAGCGGAGAUACUGAGGGCUCUGCGUGCGGGAAUGGCACCGGACUCCCUAUCAAACAGCAGAAGGGUGAUCGAAAAGGAAAUGGAAGAGGAGCUGAGCAACGCACCGACGGAGACACUUCCAUCGAGGAUAUUGGAAGCUGUCAACAACGUCGACAUGGUUGCUCAAAAAUCCAAAAACCUGCAAGGACCGUACACGGGGAUGCUAAACAGAUCGGCAGCAACAGUGAAGGUCGCGAUAUCGCACUUACUGCAAAGAAAAGACAGCGGACUGAAACCGCACGAGAGGGACGCCGAGUUGGAUAGGCUCCGUCAAAAGAUCGCGGAGCAGGAGAACGAAAUUAGGAGCUUGAGGCAACUCGAGCUCCAACACGAAGCGCUAAGACGGGAGCUCGAAGAACAAAAGGAGCAAAUGAGCCGCCUACAAGAGGCGGUUCAGGGGAAGACAGAGGCACAAGAUGAAGGCAAGGAGACCAGAGGAGCCAAAAGGAAGAAGGUGAAUCAAUUUCCCUCCUCGGACGAUGAGGACAACGGGCCUUCCAGGGGGGAGAAGGGAGUGAGCGAGAACGGGUCCAACAAGGACACCCUACGCCAAGAAACGGAAGAAAUGGAAAUCGUCGGAGAGGAGGAAACGACGGUAACAAGGAAGGAUGAGAUCAUGAGAGAGAUAGGGGUGGAGGGCAUGCCGGCGGUAAUUCGCCCCUCGAUACAGGGAAAGCGGAUGACGCUGGACCCUGAAGUGCCCCCGGCAGCAGCGCCAACACCGGCAGCAGUAUAUGAGGAGGGACCAACAGCGACCUUAGCUGGUAUGCAGGCACGCCUGGCCGAAAUGUUAGUCAAGUGUGUCAAUGAGAAAGUAAAUGCAAUGGGAGAGAAUCUCUUGAAGAUCGUACAAGAAAGACUCCCACAAGCUCCUGGAAAGAAUAGGGGCGGGGAGGAACCUCUCUCUCUCUCUCUCCCUCAGAGGACAAGAAAGGAGAACAAGAAAGGGGGGAAACGCGAAGAGGUCGCAAAGAAGAACCCUACCGAAGAAACAAAGAAGGAGGUACCAAGAACCGGGACACAAAACCGAGCGGCCGGGGCCCCAUCUUCUUUGGCUCAGACGAGUGCCAGUCAGCCGGAGGGGGACACAUGGUCGCAGGUGAUUGGGAGAAGGGAGAAAGCUGCCGCAAGAAAGGAGAGGCAACAACAGGAGAAGAGAAAUGCUCCUGCUCCCGCCAAGCAGCAGCAACAGAAGCAAUCAAGGAGGAGAGAACCAAAGACCUCCGCGAUCACACUGACGUGCCCCAAGGAAAUGUACGCGGAGUAUAUGAGGACCGUCAGACAGGCAAUCAAUCCUAAAGACUUGGGAAUUGAUAAGCCUUUGAAUACGAGGAGGACAGCGACGGGUGCCUUGUGCAUCGAGCUGUCGGGGCAAGGGAGCGCCGAAAAGGCGGACGCCCUGGCAGCGAGGAUGCACGAGGUGGACGCUCAUCGGAAAAGAGGGGGUUAG